CCUUGCAGUUUAUUUACGGUCAUAAUCUUACCCACCACUUUGAUUUUACCAAAAUCCUGUUAUAUUUCAGUAUACCCGGAGUCUCUGUGUCAGAUAUGGACGUACCUAAUCACCUCUCUUAAAAUGUGAUCAUCCUUUCAUUUUCAGGUUACUGUAGCUUGAUUGUCAAAAUUGUGGACAAAGUAGAUCUGUUCGUAACAUGCGGACAUCUUCGAAAACGUUAAGGAAACUCUUUGCAAUUUGUUUUAUUCUCGUCACGCUGUUGCUUGGAAUCCACGUGUGGAUAUCAAAUGAUGCAACCCAAGCCGCGAAGACACAGGAACCGUACCAGUUUCUGGCCAAGGACUUGAAAUACAACAAAAAUUCGACUUUGACUUUACAUGGGGCUUUCAAAAAUCGAAUUGAUUCUGAUAUUAUUCUUGAAAUCGAUAAUAUAUCAUCGUUAAUCAAAGAUAUAAUACAGGACUAUGAAGGCAGGAAAGCCUUGCAGAGAGCCAUGUUAAUGGCCCAAAGGGUGAAAUUCGGUGCCAGUGCUCCAAAAAAUGCGACACUCGUCUCCUACUCUCCGCUUUAUAGGUCUUCAGAAAGAAACGUUACCCAACCACAACAGUUCAGUUUUCUGGGUAAGCAGAGACACAACCUAGAAAACGUCAAGUGUCGACUUCUUUUUGAAGGCGACACAAACGAAGUUGCAAAAGCAAAACGAUUGAGCAAAUCGUUUCCGAAGUCUGAUCCGGGAAAGACAUUUGCAAGUCAGACAAGAAAUUGUUCUGCUUUUGUACAUUCCCGGGGAUACAUAAUGGACCCCUUGACCGAGGAGGAAAAUAACUUUCCCCUGGCCUAUGGCAUCAUGGUCUAUAAGAGCCCGGAACAGUUUGAAAUCCUACUCAGAGCGAUCUACCGGCCGCAGAAUAUCUAUUGUGUUCACGUGGACAAGAAAACGACGAGCGUCGUCUUCAAAGAGUUUGAGAGCAUUGCCCAAUGCUUCCCAAACGUAUUCCUGGCUUCCACGAGAAUAGCUGUGCACUGGGGAUACGUCAGUGUUCUGACGCAAGAAUUAGUUUGUAUGAAGGACCUACUUAAAUACAAAAAGUGGAAGUAUUUUAUUAAUCUGACUGGCCAGGAAUUUCCUCUUCGGACUAAUUACGAGCUUGUGAAGAUAUUGAAAAUUUAUAACGGUGCAAAUGAUUUAGAAGGAACUGUUCAACGUGCAAACAAAGUCCGGUGGCUGGCAGCCGGACCUCCGCCUCAUCAGAUCCACCCUGUGAAGGGAUCUGUCCACAUCACCGCAAACAGGGACUUUGUGGACUACGUCAUCAAUAACCCGGUGGCGAAGGACUUCUUAAACUGGAGCCGAAAAGUGGCGGUACCAGACGAGACGUUCUUCGCUUCUUUGAACCAUAAUCCUCAUCUACGGAUUCCUGGAACUUACAAGGGGGAGCCGGAGACGGACCGCGAGGAGAAGCCGUUCCUAACCCGAUUCAAGAACUGGGGCACGGGGGUCUUCAACUGGCCAUGCUACGGCCGACGUGUGAGACAGAUCUGUAUAUUCGGGAUCGGGGACCUCCCGCUGCUGGCGAGGAGACCAGAGUUCUUCGCCAACAAGUUCUACCUGUACUAUCAGACCUACGCCCUACAGUGUAUGGAGGAGCUCCAUUUUAACAGAACUCGGGAUGAGUACCUUCAGCGGCUGGACUUUCAGACUGAUUAUUAUGAAAAUUUAGAAUUUAUUAAGCAUGUUGUGUAAUAUACACAUUUGUGGACACUGUUUGAGCUGGUGAUAAAAAUGAUGAUGAUAUAGUACAUGUUCAUUCCAUUUUAUAUGUAUACCAUCAUAUUCAUAUUGCUGUUAAGAUAAAUUAUAUUGUAACAAUUCUCUAAAUUAUUGUGAAUUUGAUAAUGGAAGAGAAUAAAAGUUAUCAUUAUUUAACUCA